GGCGGAGAGUGCGGAACUAAAGGUUUGGACUGACAUGUCGCAAAUGGUGAUGAGCCUGCGGGUGUCAGAGCUGCAGGUUCUUCUGGGCUACGCAGGCAGAAACAAACAUGGACGAAAGCACGAGCUCCUGACUAAAGCCUUACACCUCCUUAAAGCCGGCUGCAGCCCUGCCGUCCAGAUGAAGAUCAAGGAGCUCUACAGACGACGCUUUCCCACCAAGCUGGUGUCCCCAACAGAGUUGGCCCUGCCUGGAGUCCACCCCACCGCUGCCUCUUUGCCCCCUGGCCUCACGCAGUUGGGAUUUGAUGGGCACAGAGCGCCCCCAUCCCCUCUGCUCCCUAUCUCGCUUCUCGGGCCCAAACACGAGCUGGGACUGCCCCGGCUCCCCACGAACCUGCAUCCCGUACACCCUGAUGUCAAACUUCAGCGGCUUCCAUUCUAUGAUGUACUGGAUGAGCUCAUUAAACCUACGAGUCUUGGUGAGUUUUUGAGAUUUUGAUAGCUAGGCGAGUGUAUGUUCAUGCAUAUUUUAGUGGUGUGUUUUUUUAGAACAGUGUGUAUCUGUAGAUCUGUGUGAUGUACGGCAACUGUAGAGAUGUGCGGACCCAUUUUUCUCUACAUUAGCAUUUUAAUGGUGUUGGCUGGUUUGGCAUUCGUGUGUUCGUUUGCCUGAGGAGUGAUGUUCAAAUAGACUGCCAAUCCCCACAACCAACCACAGUCUGUCUCUCAUUUCCCAAACUGUCUCUCUCACUGUCAUUUGCAUAGUGUUGAAAUCAUGAGUACACACUAUGGCACCCAAAUUCUCUAGAGCACACAUUGCAGUGGUCCAAAU